AUGACAGGUACACAUUUCAUGGCUCUGGCUAUGAUGAACAUUCUAAUGACUAAGAUUCUGAGAGUCGUGAUUGAUAUUAAUAAUAAUUCAGACUUGAUUGGGAGUGCUGUUGCAUUGUCGCCUCGAUUCACAACCUUGGUUCAGGUCUACUCCUUAGCCAGGGGAUCCUGGAAGAGUCUUAGUGCUUCGGUCAUACCUGUAGAUUUUAAGGGUGGUUCUGGACGUCCUGUUUUUGUUGCCGGCACCAUCCAUAUGCUUAAAGCUCGUUUUACUAGCUCGUAUUACGAUGAUGGAGACAUAGUCAUCACCACCUUCAAUCUGGCAACAGAAGAAUUUGGCGAGAUGAUGGGACCGGAAGCUUUGCUACAAAAGGGUUGCUCCAUAUCAAGAUAUGGGGACUCUCUUGCUUUGAUUAAGCAUUUGAAUUAUGAAUUCAGAGAUCGGGGUUGUGACAUUUGGGUUAUGAGACAGUAUGGUGUUGCAGAGUCGUGGACUAGAUUGUUUCAUAUAUCUGUGGCUCAGGCCAGUAUACAUGGGUUUAAAAGAAGCGGGGAAGUUGUGCUAGAGGAGAAUAUAGAGGAGGAUAUUGAUCUUGAUCGGUCAAGACUUAUGUCGUUCGAUCCUAAGAGUGAUCAAUAUUUAGUUUUGGGAACUGGAGAUCAUAGUUACUACUUCAUGGAUUCUUUUGUAGAAAGUCUUGUCUUGCUUGACCACUGCGAUUCCAUUUCAUACCAAGUAGCAAGGACGAAGUAA